AAAGAAAAAAGAAACAACUAAAAUAAUAAGUCCAUCUAUAAAUAAAGCUAAUGACCCGGGUGGGAUGGGUUGAGGUUCCCUAAUAAGUUUUUUGGAUGGAUAAUUCCCUGGUAAGUUAUACUCUGAAAAUUGCCGAAUCUGAAGGAAGAGUAGCAGCAUAUUUCCCUGACGAUUUCAUGAAAUAUGUGGACACUCAACUCAACUGCCGCCCAGUGGUGCAAAAUCGUGAUGAUGGACAAUUUAUCUUCGGUGGAUGGGUUUUCUGGAGCCGAGAAGACAACCAAUCCGAACAUCCUCCGGAUAUUUUCGAUUUCAAAGACAAGAUCAAAGAUGUCCUUCGAAGGUGUUUACCAUAUUGGUUUCGAUAUCCAACACUAUUUCAAUUUUGGGCACCCACAAUGACAAUGGAGGGCUGGUCUUAUCUUACAACUCAAAACCAACCUUUCGCUUUUUGUACAUUUGAUGAUGAUGAUGAUGAUGUUGAAGGACCUGUUAAAGGACUUUGUGGGUAUAGGAUGAUCUCUAAGCACUAUAAAUUUUACAUGGAUAUAGAGAGUUCUGAUGAACAACUUGGGGUUCCUGGCCGUGUGUUCAACCAUGGAUUUCCCGAAUGCACUCCCAAUAUAGAAUAUUACUCUAUUAGAGAGUAUCCAUUGCUCGACCAUGCUUUACGUUGCCAACUUAAACUAUCUUGGGCUAGCCCUAUGUUUGAUCCUAAUACCCACUUAUGUAUUGGUGUACUUGAGAUAGUUUCAACAGUGCAAUUAAAGGAAUUUCUAUUUUACAAAUACCUUUUUUGCGCGGUUUUGCGUGAUUGUUUUGAGAUUAGUUCCCCAACUCACAAAUUGGCAAUUUUUUUUUUUUUUUUUUUUUUUUAUGUCUUUCUAAUAUUGAUUGAUUAACUCCCCUCUCCUUUCUUACAUGUAUGCAGAAUUGUGCUCCUUUGAUAAUUUAAAUUUAAAAGAAAAAAAAAUUAUCAAAAAAAAUAGAAGAAGAUGAGAAGUGUGAUUUUAAUAGGGUAAAUUACAAAACUAUAGUUUGUUUAAAAUACAGAUAGUCCCCUGUGAUUCUGAAAAGUACAUCACACCUCUUCAAGUUUCUAAUUGUAUAACAAAUGACUCAUUUUAUUAAUAAAUUAACUGAUGUGUGGUAUCUGGCCCAUUGGAUCAACUAAUCCAUUAGACCAAUAAUUUUUUUCUUUAGUCUUUUGGUUUGUGCAUAUUUCAUCCUAUUAUAAUGGAAUAUGGCUACGUGCUCCUCACGUGUUUAUUUUGCAUAAAAUUCAUAGUUUUUUAGACCAAUAAACACAAAUUACAAAAAUUAAAGCGCUAAUCUUUUGAAAUCGAAACUAAUCGGACUAAAAAAAUUAAUACAGGAUGAAGCUAGAUGAACCAUUCUCACAACUAUUAUUUGUUCAUUUUUUUCAUCUUAUCAGUGCCGAAUGGCAUGUGAGGAGUAUGUAAUUGCAUUAUUUCCUCACAGUUGUUAUCGAUAUCAAUGUGACACAAAAUGUAAAAUUAAAUGGUAAAUUGUUAUAAUUAAAAUUAUAAGAUCCAAAAAUAUACAAUGAAUAAACUAUUGAAUUGAGGAUAAGAUGGUUUGUUGUUUGUCUUCUCAGCAUGAGCUUUAUGGCAGAAAGAAAGAAAGCAAAGUAAAACGUUAAGUUGUAUUUUUUUAUUGCAUUCCAUGCUCAUUUAGCUGUGACUGAAUUGUUUUUCCAUUAUACAGUCUCUUAUAUGCUUCCUUUUCUUGGCAAACAAUAUCCUACAUUUCAAAGUGUACAAGAAUCCUUAGUCGCAUCUUUCCAUUCCC